AUGGUGUACAAUUACACGAAACCUCGGGGCCCAGUAGCUGCAAUGUAUAAUAGCCCCGGACCAUGUUACCAGCUCCCGCCAUUAGUGGGCUACCCUGACCAUGAUACACGUUCGACCCACGUUCGUGAACCUCAGUGGAGCCUGGGGAUAAAACAUAAACAGGAAACUGUUGAUAGCAGCCCUGGACCUUGUUAUAACCCUGAUUCUAAAAUACUUAACACUGGGAAGGCAUUUUCACCCCAGUUUUCUCUUUCAAGCAGACAGAAAGAAGCUGAGAAAUCAUUGACUCCAGGACCAGGAGCAUAUGUGCCUGAAAAAUGCGAUCCACAGGUGUUCCCAAAACAUCCAGCUUACUCGCUGAGUUCAAGACACAAGGGUCUGCGGUUUGACGACAUUCCGGGCCCGAAUAUAUACACUGUGGAUCCAAUGCUUGGCAGGACAGUUCGCAGCCAGAAACCAUCUGCACCAAGUUAUUCUAUUUCAGGACGGAGAAAGCGGUCUAUGUCAUGCGAAACUCCAGGGGCUGGCGCUUACAAAAUCACUGCAAUGAAUGUUUACAAAGAAGCUCCACCAGCUUAUUCUCUCUCAGCAAGAACCCAGUUGCCCCGAGAUGCUGGAAGAAAGCCAGGUCCUGGAGCGUAUUCACCAGAAACGACUUCCUGGAACACAUUUUGGUGUUUGGUGAUCGAACGUGCCCCCUACAAAUUAAUAUGCUUUAUGAGGGCACUGUAUGUGAACUCCUGUGCGCGCGCACGAAUACAUGACAAGCUUUCACCUGAGUCCACCAUGUCCAGCGAUGUAGGAAAAGGUUACCCUAUCUCACAUUUCGUCUUCAACUUUUUUAUUGAUAUGCUGCUUGAAACUUUUCUGUUUGCCUCUGAAACAUCGGAAGUCGAAAUGCUCCAUGGGCAUUUGCUUACAGAUAUUGAGUGUGCAGACGAUAUUGCUCUCCUUGGUUCAGAUCCUCCAAAAAUGCAGAGGAUUUUAAAUAACCCAAAUAACUCUGUUUUACGGUUUGGCAUGCGCUUCACGCCCGAAAAGCGUGAAGUGAUGUUACAUGAUUGGGUUGAAUCAAACCCAAACCUCACGAUCACAAGCGAGCCAAUGGACGUAGUACAUACAUUUGUUUGCCUGGGCAGUUUUACGGGCUCCGGUGGACUGACUGGAGAUGAGAAUACUUCUUAA